AUGGAGAAGUUACAACACUUGACGAUAUUAAAAGAAAGGACAAGAGAGACUGUUUCUCCCACUAUGGCGGUUAACAACCGCACCAGUUUUUCAAAAGAUGCACACCAGUUUAAGCAACUGAAGCAAUCCGAUAGUUCAUGUCCUCAGGCAGGUUUUGAUGGAGAUCUUCACCAUUUUGGCUGCUGCAUGCAAGAAUUGGACGUGCCAAAAUGCACUUGCCAGCGCUGUCAUAGUAAGUGGAAUUCUGGAGCAUCGUCCCCUGCACGUCCGUCCACAAAGCCCUGCCGAGUAUCGUGCAGUAGGUGCAACAAGUGCUCCAAAGCUCCAGUAAUCUUAGACUCAAGAAAUGUACCCGCACGGAGAGCUCUGUCCUGCUCUGGAAGCUCACCAAAAAUUCGAUCCGCUGUCAAAACAACUUCAACAAAGUUGCUUUUACCCAGUGCAGCUGUAGCUUACUCCUUACCUGACAGCGAAAGUUCAAAAUGGAAGCAGCCAAGGACAAAACGAAAACCUUGUAGAAAAAAUGGAGCGUUAACGAGUAAACUAAAAUCCAUACCUGUUAUUUCAAAAGAAAAAUGCUCGCCUGCUGACCAGCAAUGA